AUGCUGGAAGUAGUUGGUGACCAAACUGGUAAUGUUGCAAAGGAAGUAAAAGAAUUAUUAGAAAAUGACGGAUCUGUGAAAAAACUUGAAGAUGAAGUGACUAAUGAUAAACCUCAAAAUGAACCUGACCAGGCAGUAGUAACUGAUGAGACAACUCCAAAACAAGAUUCUCCCGUAACAGAAGGUGGAAAGCCUGAAGAAAAUACAGAGUUACCAGCCAAAGAAGUAAAGUAUGCAUCCAGCAAACACGAUAGCAGGAAGAGUGACUAUUAUUCAGAUAAUUAUGAUGAUGAAGAAGAUGAAGAUUAUGACUACAACUAUCGCGACAGGCGUAGGCGUGGUGACGAUCGCGAUGGUCGUAGGCGUGGUGACGAUCGCGAUGGUCGUAGGCGUGGUGAUGAUCGUGAUGGUCGUAGACGUGAUGACGAUCGCGACUAUCGUAGACGUGGUGAUGAUCGCGACGAUCGUAGACGUGAUGACGAUCGCGACUAUCGUAGGCGUGGUGAUGAUCGCGACGAUCGUAGACGUGAUGACGAUCGCGACUAUCGUAGGCGUGGUGAUGAUCGCGAUGGUCGUAGACGUGGUGAUGAUCGCGAUGGUCGUAGACGUGGUGACGAUCGCGACAACCGCAAAUAUAGAGAUGAUGAUGGAUACCCUGAAGACCGUGACGAUCGCGACAAUCGAGACAACCGCAAAUAUCGUGGUGAUCGCAGACAUCCACAAGAGCGUGACAAUCGUAAGAAGCGCCAUGAUGAUAGAUACCCUGAGGAUCGUGAUGAUCGCGACAACCGCAAAUAUAGAGAUGAUGAUGGAUAUACUGAUGACCAAGAUGAUGACAGAUACGACCAAGGCCGAGCCGGUCCUAAAAAACGUGGUGAUGACAGAAAAGACCAAGGCAAAACCGGCCCUAAACAACCUGGUGAUGACGGAAACGACCAAGGCCUAGACAGUCCAAAAAAACGUGGUGGUGACAGAUACGAUGAUGACAGAGACAGUCCAAAAAAACGUGGUGGUGACAGAUACGAUGAUGACCGAGACAGUCCUAAAAAACGUGGUGGUGACAGAUACGAUGAUGACCGAGACAGUCCUAAAAAACGUGGUGGUGACAGAUACGAUGAUGACCGAGACAGUCCUAAAAAACGUGGUGGUGACAGAUACGAUGAUGACCGAGACAGUCCUAAAAAACGUGGUGGUGACAGAUACGAUGAUGACCGAGACAGUCCUAAAAAACGUGGUGGUGACAGAUACGAUGAUGACCGAGACAGUCCUAAAAAACGUGGUGGUGACAGAUACGAUGAUGACCGAGACGAUCGUAAACAUCAAUAUGAUCGAAGUGGUCAAAAGAAUAAAAAGUAUUUUGAUGAUGAUUAUAGUGUCUAUGAAGAUGGUGAUGAAGAUUAUAGUGUCUAUGAAUAUGAACACUAUGGAAAACCUUCAAAUUAUAAACAACCUGGAUUCGAUAAUAAAAGAGAUAAAUCACCAAGCAAAUAUCCUGCCAAGGGUUAUCCCCAAAAAUCAUCGAAUGAUAAAUACGGAAAUGUUAACAAAGGUGGAGAAAUGUAUGAUUCAAUGGAUCUAGAAGAAGAUGGAAAAAAAUUUUACGGUAAAUCACAGACCCAACCUCAGCGUUCAAAAGGAUACGAUUCAAAAAAAUAUUAUGACGAUGAUGAUUAUGAUGAUGAGGAUGAUGAUUAUGAUUACGAUGAUGAUGAUGAUUAUGAUGAUAGACGACAUGGUCCAUCAAAAUAUGAUGAUCCUUAUAAUAAAAAACCUGGACAACCCCAAUUUGGUCAACAACCUGGACGACCUGGACAACCUGGACAACCCCAAUUUGGUCAACAACCUGGACAACCUGGACAACCUGGACGACCUGGACAACCUGGACAACCUGGACAACCUGGACAGCCCCAAGUUGGCCCACAACCCGGAAAACCUGGUCAACAACCUGGACGACCUGGACAACCUCAAGUUGGUCCUCAAGGUAAACCAUCUCCUAUGGGACCAAAAAAAAAUGAUAGUGGUAAAGAGGAAUCUAAAGAAAAAGGUGGCUUUAUUAACAAAAUUAAAAAUUUUAUAAAAAAAUCAGAUGCAAUGUAUGAAACAGAGUUGCUAAACGUAAUGAUGCUUUCUGCUAAUAGCAAAAAUAAAACUGGAGCAAAACUUGGAAUAAAAAAACAAAUUCUUAACAAAGUAACAAUCCUUUCUCCCGUUCUCGCAAUGAGCAUCUUUUUCAUAUUAUUUACCGUUUUUAAUAAAGUUCCAGGUAUGAUCGUAUCUGCCAUAUUUGUUGCUAUAGCAUUCAUAUACGUUAUCUAUAAGCACAAGAAAUGCAAACGUAUGUUCAAAGUUUACGGUAAAACCAACGAUCUUCAGAAAUUUUUAGAAUUCGGGAACCCUCAACAAGUUAGCUAUCAGCCCGAACAGCCACAAAAGAAAUGAUUUGAGUACAUAGAUUAAUUUUUUUAUAUUCAGGAGCAAAAUUUGUACAUACUCUAAAUAUAUGUGAGAGUCAAAUAUAACCUUUUCAUAUCUUUAUCAUAAAAAACGAUUAUAAAUGUAGUUUUGUAUGUUCCCUAUUAGAAAAAUAAAUUAAAAUUUUCUUAUUUAUUAUGUACAUAAAUUAUUAAUUAUGUAUAAAAGUUGUUAUAAUAUUAUUUUCCUUUCUUUCAUAUAAUUAAUUAAUAUUUUCAUUUAUACAUUUUUUUUUUCCGUUUUGGGGUAAAUUUACUAUGUAUAUAUUUUUCUCACAUUUGUUUAGACACAAUAUAUUAUGUGUUUUGCUUAAUCUAAGAAAGAAUAGUUCACAGUAUUAUGUAUAAUUUUAUUUUUUAUUUAGCAUUGCAUUUCAUUAUUAUUUUUGUAAAUUACACUUAAGGAGACAUUUUAACUAUUAAAAAAUAAUAAUAGA